AAAGCAACACAUCAGCUCCAUCGUUUCUUGUCCCAUGUCUACACCACCAAGAUAACCCUUGUGUGUGUUUCCCUAAACCUUCACCCCCUCCAAAAUCUUGAUCCUAAAACCCUAAUUCAACAAAACCCCAAACCCAAUAACAUGUUACUCCACUCAACAAUCUCCCAAUCCCCACCACAUCCACAACCCAUUUCCUCAUCUUUCCACCAUAAUCCCAUCAAGUUCAUCACUUUCCCACCUGGGUCUGCAAAAAGAUCCCACCUUUACCCCCUCAUCAUAACAAACUGUUCAUCUUCUUCACCUGUUUCACAAGCCUACAACUAUGGCACAGUGGACUAUGAGAAGAAGAAGCCAGGGACAACAGUCACUUGGAAGACUAUUUACAAGAGGAUUUCCAUGAUGGGUAGCCGUGAAAAGGGGUCUAGUGGUGUGUUGAAUCAGUGGGAGAAUGAGGGGAAUAGUGUUACUAAAUGGGAGCUUUGUAGGCUUGUUAAAGAGUUGAGGAAGUAUGGAAGGUUUAAGCUUGCUCUUGAGGUUUAUGAUUGGAUGAAUAAAAAACCCGAAAGAUUUAUCUUGGCCCCGAGUGACGCUGCGAUUCAACUAGAUCUAAUAUCCAAAAUAGAUGGCGUUUCAGGCGCCGAAGAUUACUUCAACAAUCUACAAGACGAUCUAAUCGACAAACGCGUAUAUGGGGCCCUCUUAAACGCAUACGUACACACUAGAAAGAAAGAAAAGGCGGAGUCUUUGCUAGUUGAAAUGAAAGAAAAAGGCUACGCUAACCACGCACUUCCGUAUAACGUAAUGAUGACUCUCUAUAUGAACCUUAAAGAUCACGAAAACGUUGAGGCAUGUGUUUCCGAAAUGAUGCAAAAAAAUAUAGAACUAGAUUUAUAUACGUACAGUAUCUGGAUCACGUCUCGCGGGGCUCAAGGAUCCGUUGAAAAGAUGGAAGAAGUGUUUGAAAAAAUGAAACUCGACGUGUCGGUUAAGCCAAACUGGACUACGUAUAGUACGCUAUCUACCGUUUAUAUCAAGCUUGGGGAGCUUGAAAAGGCCGUAGAUUGUCUUAAAAUGAUCGAAAGUAAGAUUACGGGGCGUUAUCGAAUUCCGUAUCAUUAUCUUUUGAGUCAUUACGGUAGCAUCGGGAGGAAAGAAGAAGUUCAACGGAUUUGGGACGCUUAUAAAACGGUUUUCGAGUACAUACCAAACAUGGGCUAUCACGCAGUGAUCUCGGCAUUUGUAAGAAUGGAUGAGAUUGAAGAAGCGGAGAAUCUUUACGAUGAAUGGCUUUCGGUCAAGACAACCUACGAUGCGAGAAUUGGUAACCGUUUAUUGGGUUGGUACGUUAGAAAAGGGGAUUCGGAAAAGGCGGAAUCUUUUUUUAACGAAAUGUUUGAUACGGGAAAGGCGAACUCGAGUUCGUGGGAAAUUAUCGGCGAAGGUCAUAUUAGGCAAAAGAGCAUUUCCUAUGCGUUGGCUUGCUUUGAAAAAGCGCUUUCGCAUGAAGAAUCGCGGUUUUGGAAACCGAAACCGAUUAACGUUUCGUUGUUUUUCAAGCUUUGUGAGCAAGAACGUAACGAGAAGGGCAAGGAGGCUAUGUUUGAAAUUUUGAGGGAAGCUGGUGUUCUUGAAGAUGAAUUGUUUAUGUCAAAGUUGACUAUUUCUAAAGAGUCAACGGCUAAAGAAAACGAAGAUGAUGAUGACGACAGUGAUACAUUUCUGAACGAUGAUAAUGAGUAAGAAAGUUUUCCGUUUGGAAUCUGAAGUAGGUUUCAAAUGCUUUAUGCGUAUUUCGUUACGUAUCAUAGUAUCAUCAUUUAGCUAUCUGGUCAUAUGAUGCAAUAUAUGAUCUAAUCUGUAGAUUGUUGAAUUGAGUUUAUAUUUUUGGAUAUUUUAUUUUUUAUUUUUGAGGCUUUACUUUUUGCUUGAAUAGUUGUACUGAUUACUUGUUAACUUCUACAUCCUUACUAAUCAUGUUGGUUAUCUUGUAUAUAAAAAUUAUGGUUUGUAUA